AUGGUGCCAUGUCCCGCACAAAGAAUUUUCGUACCGUCUCCGUUCGAACACAACUCGGCUCGCAAGGCGCCGAGGCUUGAGGAGCCUGAGGUUGCAGAUACUCGACGGCGCAUUCCGUGUCAGUGGCCAGGAUGCUUCCAGGUCCUGCUUUCGUCUGAGGACCAGGCAGCGCAUGGAGCUCUACACUAUAACGAUCGGUCCUCAAGCGACAGCGCAUUACUUGCAAGCGAGAACAAUAAACGGCCCAGGCUCAGGGGGGAUCCCGAAGAUACUUUUUCAUUUGGAAAGAAGCGUCAAUGCCUUUCUCACUAUGAUGUACACUCUUCAGGGGGUUCGAGUUCUAUCAAGACUGCGCCAUCGGCGUCUACCAAGACGUUAAGAGCCAAGCCGUCUGUGCGAUGCCCCUCAUCGCGACGCCCUACCCCCAAGACUGACGAUUCAGACAUGGAUCCAGUGGUCCAGCACAAGGUUAAGGAGGGCAAGGUCGCCCAUAAGAGGGCUGAACAGAAACGGCGGAGCGAGCUUUCUUCUCUGAUAGCAGAAAUGGAGCAACGUCUCCCUUCACAAUUCUUGACUGGAUGUCAGCCAAGAAACCAAAAGCCACGCUACACGAAAAAUGGAACACUGAAGGCCGUUUUAAACUACCACAAGCACCAGGUUACAGUGAUCGAGGAGCAGGACAAAAUCAUCGAGGCCCAAGCAGCAGCAAAUGCAGCGUUGAAAGAAAAAAUUGCGGCAUUGAUGCAGCAAGCUCAGCAAUGUGGGACCUGGAACGGACCACCCGGCUAA